AUGAGUCAAGGGAGAGAAGGAGACAAGGUUUGCGUGGUUCCAGAGCCUCCUCAAGUCGUCGGUCAGUGCGUUGUUAUGCAGCUCGAGAUGAGCAUGAGGUUGAGGUUGAGCAGCGAGAUGAAGCUCAGGGUGAUUAUCAGGGCAUGCCCGGGGUUGAGCAGCAGAUCAAACAUCAAGUCUGUAGCUGUACGAGAUGAUGAUGAUUCAGACAGCAAUUCAGAACAAGUAAGUAUCACUAAAGCACACAAUGAAGUUUCUGAAUUGGACAUCCCUGUUACAAAACCAGAAGAAGUACAACAAGUUCAUAAGAAUCACUCUGCAUCUGAUGUCAUUGGAGAUUUGAAUGAGAAAAUGAAGACUAGAGGAGUUCAUAUUGAUUUUAAGAAGAUGACAAGUCACUUCACAACUCUAGAAACAAUUUUCUAUGAGUGUUUUGUGCCGAUGAUCGAACCAAUGAAUCAUGUAGAAGCUAUUCAAGAUGAUUUUUGGAUUAUAGCCAUGGAAGAAGAACUGGAACAGUUUGAGCGUAAUGAUGUUUGGGAACUGGUUCAUAGACAAAUAGAUGUGAAUAUCAUUGGUACUAAAUGGAUUUUCAAAAACAAGAUUGAUGAGAGUGGUGUUGUGAUAUUCCAGAUGGAUGUCAAGAGUGCUUUCUUGAAUGGGUUUUUACAAGAAGAGGUGUAUGUUGAACAACCCAAAGAUUACACAGUCAGAUCAAAAGGAAUUUUUAUCUCACAAAGUACCUAUGCUAGACAACUUCUUAAGAAGUUUCAGAUGGAUAAAUGCAAAGAAGCAAUGACACCUAUGAGUAUUUCGCUGAAACUAUCAAAAGAUGUUGAUGGUAAGGAUGUAGAUGUCAAGCAAUAUAGUGGAAUGAUUGGGAGUUUGCUAUAUCUUACUGCAAGCAGGCCAGAUUUGAGUUUCACUGUGGGCAUGUGUGCAAGGUAUCAGUCAAAACCGAAACAGUCUCAUCUUGAGGCAGUCAAGCGAAUUAUCAAGUAUGUUAAAGGCACUGUUGAUUUUGGAAUUUGGUACUCUAAAGGUUCAAACAAAGGCUUGGUUGGAUAUUGUGAUGCAGAUUAUGCAGGGAGUGUAACAGAUCGAAAAAGCACAAGUGGAGGGUGUUUCUUUCUAGGAAAUAAUCUAAUAGCCUGGCUAAGUAAGAAACAAAAUUCAGUGUCUUUGUCUACAGCUGAAUAA